GGAACACUGGUUAGUCACUGUCGGUGGACGACGACUUGUUGAUUCACAUUUCUGUAAAUAAAAGGAAUAUUAGUUAUGACCUUAAAGAUAGAGAAACGAUGAAGCUGUGUUUGCUGCUUAUCUUCUGUCGUAGUUUAUUUGCAGUGAAACAUUCACUGAAGUAUUUUGUCACUGGAUCAUCUGGAGUCCCAAACAUCCCAGAGUUUAUGGGUGUAGUGGUGUUUAACGGCAUCCAGGCGGGUUACUGUGACAGCAACAACAUGACAUUAAAACCAAAACAGGACUGGGCGAAGAAAAUAUUACAAACCAGUCCUCAGCACAAGGAGUGGUACAAUCACAUGUGUUUCAAGGAACAGCCAAACUUCUUCAAAAACAUGAUUUCUAAUUUGAAGCAAUUCACCAAAAGUGAAGGUGUCCAUGUUGUACAGAGGAUAGGCGGCUGUGAACAUGAUGAAAACACUGGUGAGGUGACUGGCUUAGUACACUUUGGUUAUAACGGAGAAGACUUUCUUGAAUUCAAUCUGGAGACACUGACAUGGAUCGCACUGAAACCAGAGGCUGACAUUAUUAAACAGGAAUGGGAUGCUGACAGAGUUCGAACUAAACACAAUGAAAACUUCCUCACUCAGAUUUGUCCAGAGUGGCUGAAGAUGUAUGUGGACAGUGCAAAAAGCCCCUUACAGAAAUCAGUUCUUCCCUCAGUGUCUCUCCUCCAGAAGACUCCCUCCUCUCCAGUCAGCUGCCAGGCUACAGGUUUUUAUCCUGACAGAGGUCUGAUGUUCUGGAGGAAAGAUGGAGAGGAGCUUCAUGAGGGUGUGGAUCCUGGAGAGAUCCUCCCCAACAAUGAUGAGACCUUCCAGAUGAGUGUUGAUCUGAAUGUUUCAUCCGUCACACCUGAAGACUGGAGAAGAUACGAGUGUGUGUUUCAGCUCUCUGAUGAGAACAGUUCUUCCCUCAGUGUCUCUCCUCCAGAAGUCUUCGUCCUCUCCAGUCAGCUGCCACGCUACAGGUUUCUACCCUCAAAGAGCCGUGAUGUUCUGGAGGAAAGAUGGAGAGGAGAUUCAUGAUGGUGUGGAUCCUGGAGAGAUCCUUCCCAACAAUGAUGAGACCUUCCAGAUGAGUGUUGAUCUGAAUGUUUCAUCAGUCAGACCUGAAGACUGGAG